AUGGCUUUGAAAAAUAAUCAUAUUUACCUUCUAUUAGCAUUCAUAUUUUUGACUUUUGAUCUGGCUAAUGCUCAGAGUGAGUCGAGCUCGAAACCAGAUGAUAGUUUUAUUGAGGCAAUUUUUGAUUUAAUGUCCAUUUCAUUAAUCAUAUUUAUGGUGGACGCUGUAAACAUUUCUGAAUCAAUAAGAGGAAUUCAAUUAACGAUAUUAAAAUAUUUCUUUCAAUUAUUAAUAUAUUCUUUAUCAAUUUUUUUUACUGUUCGUUUUUAUAAACAUACAGGCGAUUUUUUUUAUAUUCAAUAUCUUAUUACUAAUUUAGUCAUCACUAGUACAAAUACUUUAGUAGACUUUGUUACAGAGUUUCGUUCAAAUGAAUCACAUUUUUCACGCCUUUCAUAUCUUUCAUCUUCUUUAUAUUUUAUUAGAUUUAUUGUUCAUUUAACUUUUUUGCUUAUAGCAAUUAUACGUAACUAUGUUGAUAAUUCACACUAUUUAUUUAUACUUGUACCUUCACUAUCUGUUACUGUUUAUCAAAUUAUGGGAAUUAUACAUCAAAUCAUAAUAGAUAACGUUAAAGAAAUAGAUAGCGAUAAAGAAUCCAAUUACGAUAAAGAACUCAAUAAUUAUAAAGAGACCAAUAACGAUAAAG